GGGCAUGGAGACAGUAUUUUCAGCGUUUUAUGACAGAAUACAAUUACAAGAAAAUUCAAUAUGUUUAAGUUAAGCUGUAGCACUGCUCAAAUAAGUUUACAUGUCCUACUAUUUUUUGUUGGUAUAAAUUGCAACACUACAGAUCAACAACAAGAGGACCGAUGGACAGAAAAUUCACUGUUUGAAAGGGUUUUCCAACCAGAGAAUGAUACAUCAGAUGAAGGAAUUUACGAACCUUCGGAUAGUACUUUAUUAGGAGAUGGCAAGAAUCCAGAAGAAUUGGCAUUUGACGAUAAUGGUCAAGUUUCAAAAGAUGGAAUAUCUGGAGGUACAUUUGUUACUAUAAGAACUGUGCCAUAUUUGGCCCAACUUAUUGAAGAUGGAAAUCAAGUUUGCGGGGGAUCAAUUAUUUCUGAAAAAUGGAUUUUAACCGCUGCCCACUGCUUAGAAGAUGCCGGGGAACUUGAAAUUCGCACUGGAUCAAGUUUGCGGAACAAAGGAGGAAAACUUUAUCCAGUGGCUGAAUAUAUUGUUCAUGAAAAUUAUACCAAAGUGACCUUCGAUAAUGACAUUGCUUUAAUUAAGGUUAAUAAAAGUAUUGAAUUCAACGAAUUACAACAGGUUAUUCGAAUUUCCUACCGAGAACCAAAAACUUGUGACAAAUUGCAACUAUCUGGAUUCGGAAAAGAAGGACAAGACCUACCAGCUCCUAACCGAUUAAAAUCUGCCCAAGUUCCAGUGAUUGAUCAUACUGAAUGUAAAGAGGCAUACAAGCAAUUAUUUUUAUUUGAAGACUAUAUUGGAAAAGUAACAGAUAAUAUGUUUUGCGCUGGCACAGAAGGAGAUGAUACGUGUCAGGGCGAUUCUGGCGGCCCUGCCGUUGUAAACGAUAAAUUAGUUGGUGUGGUUUCAUGGGGGAUUGACUGCGGCGAAUCAGGGACUCCCGGUGUCUAUACAAAAGUACGCAACUAUCGCAAAUGGAUAGCUGACAAUUCCGACGUCGAAAUUAAAUACUAAGAUUAUUUUGUAGCUCGUAUCUUUAAAUUGAUACUGUAAAAAUAUGGAUAAAGUUCACUCGUCCAA